UCAAUAAAAAGCUCUUUGCCUGUCAAAGGCUAUGCAGGACUUCACUCAGGCUGUUCGUUCUCAUCAAAUAGCUAUUUGUUGCUUUCCUUUUAGAUCUAUAAAUAUACUUAAUUAGCAUCUCCCAUAGAGUCCCUCCACCCUUCCAGCAGCAGAUUGAACCUAGCCAUCACUUUGUUCCUACAUUCUCCUCUGGAAACGUCAUGGUUAGUGCUUAGUAAGUGUUAAAACACAAGGACGCUUUAUAAACAGCGUCUACGAUGUCUGCCGCUCACAUUUGGGGUUGCUUUUAUUGCGCAGUUGUCUCGUUUCCCGUACAGCUAGUGCUUCUUUAGUUGUACUGUGGCUGGCCCUUCCAAAUCUUUUUCUUCCUUUCACGCUUCGAUUUUCUCACUAUGGCGGAUGCUAUCAAGUCGCAAUCCAAGCCUCAAUAUUGUCAUGAUGUAUCUUGGAAUCCCCUGAGCUACAGAUGGCCCAGCGUAAUCUUUAACCAACAUUACGGCCUGCCUCCGUUAUUGGACCCUCAAGACCUCAGCUGGAUGGAAGGCAUCUUCAGAAGGCUGGGGACGUCGUCUUGGCCUGGGUACCUGCGCACAUCCAUGUUCACUCCCUUUGCUCCAGCCCCAGGACUGCGCAUGUCUAAGCUGCGGAGGGAGAUGAGUGGAGGGGUGUCAGAAGUGGUUGGUGAGAUGUGCAAGUGGAAAAUUAGCUUGGAUGUCAAUCACUUCGCUCCCUCGGAGAUCACUGUCAAAAUACAGGAUGGACUUUUAGUAGUUGCAGGAAAGCAUGAGGAAAGAGAAGAUGAGCAUGGCUACAUUGCUAGAUGUUUCACAAGAAAAUACAUACUUCCAGGUGGUGUUGAAGCUGAAAGUCUCCAGUCCUUUCUGUCCGCUGAUGGGACUCUUACAGUGGAAGCAACAUCACCCAGCAUCCCCCUCCCCGCUGAUGUCAAUAUCCCCAUCCAGGUGGAGGAAACCGUUGGAGGAAAACAACAAGAUGAGCCUCAAACCGGCGUUGAAGCCAAGGCCAAAGCAGAAUCAUUUGAAGGAGAAACUCCUGAACCCUCUGUCUCAACUGAGCAUCCUGAAGGUGGACAGGUUACCGAACCAGACCAGCAGACUGUAUCUGAUGUAGAUCCAUCUAGAGACCCAAAACCCCAGUCAAACUCAGAAGCUGCGGCGGUUACCACUGAGUCUGGAAGAGAGGGGGUCGGUGAUCCCAGAGAGGAGGACAAAGAAGCUGCUUUUCAAGAGGCAACUGAGGGCACCGAGCGAGAUGGAGAGGAGUCCGCAGACAAGCCUCAGGCUCCAGAGACUCCAGACACCAUCACCUCCGAGCAAGAAGAGCAGGCAGAGGUCACGCAGCCUCGAGAACUGGAGGGUGAAGAGGGAUAUACAGACCCUGCUGUGACAGAAGAUGAGCAAUCAACCUUCGGGCAAACCCAAGAGGUGUUCACCCCUCAGCAGGUGCUCCAAAAGGAGAUGGAUGUAGACAAAAUGUAGGCUACAUCAACAUCCCAGCUCUUUCCUUAGCCUUCGAAUUUACUGUAACAUGCAUCUUAGCACUAAUAAAGACCUGAGCAAGAUUG